AUGGCAAGCGCACCGCCACGCAGAGGUAGAAGACGCGGCUUCUCCAACAACAGCAACAACCACGGACGCCAGGGACGCAACAAUGGCAACAGCAACGGCAACAGCAACGGCAAAGGGCGCCGCUUCCGUGGCAACUGUCACUACUGUGGCAAGUAUGGACACCGUGCAGCAGAGUGUCGCAAGAAGCAACGCGACAACGGAGCAACAGGCUUCACUGCACAGGCACAGCAUCAACAUGGUCAAGACGCAGCAACCUUCGUCGCUGCCACAGCUACUACACCCACGCAGCUGCAUGACCCACUCACGUGGCUUGCAGACACGGGUGCUUCACACCACCUCACCUUCGUCAAGGACGCCUUCGUGGAGCUGACACCGCACCUGCAACAGCACCAUCCACGCCACAUCACUGCGUUUGGCGGCACACGUGUGCCCGUGCGCGGUGUUGGCUCUGUGCUGUUGCAUGCACGCACGACGAGCGGAGCUACGAUGCAGAUUGUGCUACAGGAGUGCCUCUACGUGCCCGAGGGCCAGGCCAACCUCAUCGCCCUCGGUCGUCUGACUAGGGACAGUAGCGGCAGGCCAACGGGCCACUCGCAGCGUGAUGGCGCUGAUGGGCACUACGUGCGCUUCAGCCACGGAGCCGAGGUCAAGCUGAAGGAGCGCAGCAGCCUCCGAUGCUGGCCCAUUGUUGCUGUUGGUCCAUCCACGGCACACGGUCUCACUGCCGAUGCCUGCAAGCAACCACAGCAACCCACAGCAGCUCCUGCAGCCCAGAGCAAGGCGCAGACACCAUCGAUGCAUGAGGUACUUGGCCACCGCAACGACAACGACGUGCAGCAGUACUGCAAGCUGAUGGGCAUCGAUGAUUGCAACGCCAUCAGCAGCAAGCAGUGUACAACGUGCGCAGUGACCAAGAGCACUCGUCACAGCGUCAGCAAGCACGCGGAGCGCACACAGGUGCCCGGCGAGCGCAUCCACGCCGACAUCGUCGACUGGACCGCGGACUCACCCACGGGCAAGCGCUACAGCCUCGUCAUCGUCGAUGAGGGAAGCAAGCUCCUGCAUGCAGUCCAUCUCAACGCCAAGAAGGACGCAGUUGCCGCGUUCCAGUCUUUCCUGCGCGAGACCAAGCUCCCCAUCUCGCCCACAACAACAGCACUCCAGACGGAUUCCGAUGCCAUCUUCCUCGGAGCUGACUUCCAGGCCAUCGUCAAGAAGCACCUGAAGCAGCACCAGCAGUCCCCGCCGUACACCCAGGCGCAGAACGGCAUCGUCGAGCGACAGGUGCGCACCCUCUCCGACAUGGUGCGAGCCAUGAUCACGGGUGCAGGCCUCGACGCAUCGUACUGGAGCCUCGCCUGCAACCACGCCCUGCACAUCCUCAACAACAUGCCUCGCCCUUCCCUCCACGGCAAGACACCGCUGCAAAUUGUCACGGGCUCGCUGCCCAAGCACGUGCCACAGCUGCACGUCUUCGGGCAGCCGGCCGUCGUCCACAUCAGCACACAGCGCGGUCGCCUGCAGCCCAAGGGUCGUCGAGGCAUCUACGUCGGCCACAACAGCAGCAGCAACAGCCACCUCGUCUACUUCGCAGACACAAACACCGUUGUGUCCUCCAUCCACGUCCGCUUCCUUCCCUUCUCCAAGGCCGAUGAUGUCGUGGAUGAGGGGGAGGAGCAAGUGCAGACAUCCACGACAUCGUCCAUGCUCCAGCUUCCCAGUGCACGUGACAGCAGCAACAGCACCACUGACGGUGAGCCACCAACGGUUCACAUCGACGAGGACCAGGACGAGGAUGUCGAGACAGACUUCCUGCUCACGGACUUUGACGCCGACAGCAGCAGCGACACCAACGACGCCAACUACGAUCCAGACACAACAGAUGCAAGCGACACGGAGGCAGGCGCGUUCACAGCAAGCAGCAGUGGCGACACCAGCCUCACGGAGCCUGCAAGCAUCAAGCAGGCACUCAAGAGCCAGCAACACAAGCAGUGGACUCAGGCAUGCUUGGAGGAGAUCGGGGCCAUGGAGCGCAACGGCGUCAUCAAGCUCAUCCCACGCAGCGCCGUGCCACGGCAGCACACGCCUCUCAAGUCACGCUUCGUCUUCAAGGUGAAGCGUGAUGCUGAGGGCGCGCCGACGCGCUUCAAGGCACGCUGGGUCGCCAAGGGCUUCAGCCAACGACCGGGCAUCGACUUCGACCAGACCUACGCCCCAACACCAGCAGCCAAGACCAUCCUCACUGUGCUCGCCGUCUCCCUGCAACGACAGCACCAGCUGCACCAGCUCGACUUCAAGUCGGCUUACCUGCAGGCUGAUCUCAAGGAGGAGCUGUACAUGGAGCUGCCGCCGCACUUCACCGACAUCGGCGACGGCGCCCAACGCUACGCGGGCAAGAGCAAUGUCGACGCUUGCCUCUUCACCAAGCUCCACGACGACGGACAGCGCACAUGGAUCAUCACGUACGUCGACGACCUCAUCAUCAGCGAGCAGCCCGACCGACGCCUGCCUUUCCGCAACCUCGUGGGUUCGCUCCUGUACCUGGCCAACCGCACGAGACCAGACGUCAGCUUCGCGUGCGGACUGCUCUGCCGUUACAUGGACCGUUACACGACGGUCCACUGGCAGGCAGCCAAGCACGUCGUGCGGUACCUGAAGGCGACGAGCGAGCACGGCCUCCUCUUCAAGCGACGCAGCGGCACGCGCAAGGACCAACCGCUGGACCUGGUGUGCUACAGCGAUGCCAGCUUCGGCACGGACCAGCUGACGGGCCGCUCCACGACGGGCUUCACCUGCUACAUCAACGGCUGUCUUGUGUCUUGGAGCAGCCGGCUGCAACCCACGGUUGCGCUGAGCACCGCUGAGGCCGAGUACAUGGCCGUCUCCGCAGCAGCGCAGGACGUCGUCUUCCUGCGGCAGCUGCUCAUGGACCUCGACGAGCCCGAGGCUGGAGCCACCAAGAUGCUGACAGAUAACCAGGCGGCCAUCGCCAUCGGUAACGACCACGUCACCAAGCCGCGCACGAAGCACAUCCGGGUACGCCACCACUUCGUGCGGGAGCUCAUCGCCGACGGAACCAUUGUGCUGCAGCACUGUCCAGGCACGCAGAUGGUUGCCGACGCGCUGAUCAAGGCACUGGACAAGCAGACCUUCGAGCAGCACCUGCCACGACUGGUGGGAACAUCGACGGCUGAGACGGAACAGAGGAAGGCAGUUGAGGGGGAGUGUUGA